UAAAGCAUGUCAUCUGUCUGCUGUCGUUAAGGUCGUGUAACGAUUCUAAACAACCAAAUUGUUUAUAAAUUAAAUAAAGUAGAAGAGUAAUUAUGACUUAUAAACGCAAAAAAUACCACCAUGGUGAUACACAUUUAAAAAAACGUUGGCGAGUGCGUAAUCGAAAGAAAGAUUUAGAUGAAAUAGAUGGUGAUCUCAAAGAAGAAAAAGCAGAGAAGUUAUUGAAUCAAGAUGUUGAUUUAGACCUGCCUGGCGCGGCGCAGCAUUACUGCUUACACUGCGCACGUUAUUUUAUAGACGACAAAGCGUUGCAAGAACAUUUUAAAACAAAGGUACAUAAAAAAAGAUUAAAAGCCUUAGAAUUAGAACCGUAUACUAUCGAGGAAUCGGAAAGAGCCGCUGGAUUUGGUAAUUUUAAACUUCCAAAUAAAAGAAAAAUAGUAACUCAAUCUACAUUAUUGGACAAAGAUGGCGAUGUGGUGAUCAGUGAAGAUACACCCAGUAGUAAAAAGAAGAAAACUGAAGAAAAUGCUUCUUAAAAGUAUAAGUAAAAUUCUACAUAAAACAUAUGUUUGCAA